UAUGAGAGCCACCCAGCGACCCUCCGUCAACCUGAGCGCACCAAAUGCUCGCAGACUCGCCCCGCGACGACACGCUCGGCCGGCGCUCGCGCAAGCUCUGGGCCGCGGCCGCCGUGCUCGGUGCUGGCAGCAAGAGCCGACCCGUCUCCUCUUCUGUGACGCCCGCAGCGGCGAGCGUCCCCCUCUGCGUCGAGGCCAAGUCGCCGCCACGAAGCAAGCAUGGUCGGCGCCGCUCGCUCUUCUUCCGGCGUCCGUCAAAGGCCAGCGAGCUGGGCUCCGAUGAGGAGGUGGGCAAGGAGGCCGUGGCCGAGACGGUCAUUGCAGUCGACAAGCAGCUCUUUAAGCUGGAGCGCUACACUUUGGCUGCCGAGCCACGAGCAGCACGCUUGGGCAUGGACACGGCGAGAGUGGACCGGGCAGAUGGGCCGCCGUCGCCUAACAGCUGCCAGCCGAGUGCAGAUGUGCUGCUGCAGGUCCUCCUUCCCAGCAGCGUCGCUCGGCCCGGUCGGCCCUCGCAAGAUGUGCCUCGAAGGCCAUCUCCUGAACCCGUCUCUCCUUGGACCUCGAGGGCCUCAAUCGAAUACGAUGCGAACGCACGGAUGCCGUUCCUAGAGCUGCUGGACAGCAGGGCCGCGCCCGCGGGCCAUGGAGCGCUGGCUCCGCCGACGCCUCUGCCUCCGCGCCGCCCGAAGCCAUCACGCAGGCGCACCGUCGCCGCUGGCGAGCAGGACGACACCUCUGCAAGUCCGGCGAGCCCGCAGCGCAAGCGCGGCGCCACGAUGCGCGCAGCAUCCACCGAGCGUGGUUCGACGCGCAGCAGUCCGGUGCGGCUCGCGUCGCUGGUCGAGGCGCUGUCAAAGCCGAGCAUCAGCCAGGGAUCACGCAGCCGCAGCGGCAGCUCGGCAACGCUGUCUGCCGCUCCUGGCACUCCUUCGCCCCACGCUACUGCCGCAUUCGGCACUCGCCCGAGGAGCGGCAGCAGCGCGAGUCGCCGCACCCCUCGCUUGGGAGCAGCGCAGAGCCGACGAGCCGGACACGUUGGCCGCGGCGACGCCUCGACCGCCUCGCGCCCCUCGGCACAGAAUCCCACCACGCCCAAGACGGAUGCAGGCAGACGGCAGCUUGCGCCCUUCGCCACGCCGACGUUUGGCGGGUCCGACUCGCUUUGGAGCGCCAAAGUCGCAGCGCCGCACUCGCCGUCGAUGGACAGCACUGUCGCGCAGGCCGGCGGCUGGAACGACGACGAGGACGCGUCCGCCUACAGCUGGGACUUUGUGUCGCAGCAGCGCAGCGAGCCGCCGGCGUCCGAGUACUUCUCGGCCGUCUCGCGCCGGACCGAGUUCUCCCUUGCUGCGCCGGGCAGCCACGGCCUCGCUGGCCUUGGGCUAAUGGCCGGUGGCCCGCGAUGA